GGUUCUGGUAUAUUCAGUCUUGAACUAGGCGCGCCUGCGAAAGAUGUGCGCCGGGCGAGGCGGCUCCACCGAUCCAAGUAAUCCAGAGCCUCGGAGAUAAGCUAAUAGAUACCUCGAAAUGUGCUGUUGGUGUGCACGUGUCUAUUGGACGGUUCUGCACAAUCUGCUGCUCCGGAUGCUGGACAGUCUGAUGGAACUGCGUCUGAGGUCGACCGUCUUGUGUGGCUGCUGUGCCGGUUAUCAGCGGCAGGCCGGUGAGGAGGGUGACGUCGCCGUCGUGGAACGGGUUUCCAGCACUGAUGACGAUCAACGACAUCAUGAUUACGUCAUUGUGGAUGAUGCCGAUGCCACCUACACAGAGAUCGAGGAGCGGCAUGUGGAGACGGAGCAGUACUACUUCACCGUGGAUCGUGCCACGGCGGAACGAAUGCUUCAGGGCAGGGAGGAUGGCUCCUGUCUGGUUCGUCCCUUCAAGGCAGCCGAUCAGUGCAUCCGAUACAUUGUGAGCAUCUGGGCCUCGGACCAGUACUAUCACCUGUUCGUCCGACAGCUGGACAGGAGGCAGCGCUACGCCAUCGGGCAGCGGAAGUCCGGGGAGCGGUACUUCGGCUCUCCCUCGGAGAUCGUUGAGUUCUACUCCCAGCAUCCGCUGCUGUGCACCAACAAGACCGUGAGCCAGUGCAUCCGUCUGCAUCCCAUUAGUUACGCUUAGUAGAUCGGA